AUGCCCUUCCGCGACACAUUCAAACGGGUCUUCCACCGUCCCUCCACCCGCAAGGAUACCAAGAACGGUAAACCCAAGGUCGAAUACUAUCGUCGCCAUGAGAUUCCCCCCUCCAAGUUUCGCGGACCUUUCGAUAAGGAACACCAAAAGCGCCUAGCGGCCUGGUCGUUCGAUGGUGCAAUGGCCGAACGGCCACGUUCCCGCGACUUGUCACUGUCCCCCUGCGCCACUUAUGAUCUCCCGGACGGCCCUCUCGGCCCUCUGGAUCCGCUCGAUCGCAAUGACUGCUGUGAUAUCUCCCCCGACAACGACGGCGUGCCGAUCGAUCCAGGUCUGACCAACUCCGAUACUUCCGUGCCCGACCUGCUCGACUCCUCCCGCCCCACCGUCGGCUCCCAGUCUUCCACAGUCGUCAACUCCAAUUCUGAAAGCUACUCCGGCUCCAUGAUGACGCUUCUCCCCGAAGAUCACCCCGUCGGCCCUUACGAAUUCCCCGAGGAUCCUAUCGCCCUGCUCAAGGAGUCCAUCCGGUAUACCUCGCCUAUCGUCCGUGCUAUCUCACCUGCCUCGCCUUAUCCCAUGUCGUCACGGGGUAAGGCGAAGGCUCUGCCUUUUGCGGCGGAGGAUUUGGCUCGCGCUUUGAUUGCCGUGCAGGUCUGCGCGUAA